AUGGCUAGAAUUACGAUGUGGUGGGGGCAGCGCGCUAAGGUGUGGUGGAUUGAGGAGGGGGAUGGGAACACCCGGUUCUUUCAUUCCAUGGCCUCUACAAGGCGGCGAUCUAAUCAAAUUGAGCACAUGAACUUUCCGGACGGUCAGGCUGCAACGGAGCAGGCGGACAUCAUGCGGGUGGUUCAUGAUUUCUUUGCACAAAAAUGGACCAACACACCUAUUAAUGAGACGGGAUGGCCUUCAUUGGAGUCCAGAUUGGUGAACAUGGAGCAGUUCGCUAUGCACCUUGACAGGGAGAUUACCCGGGACGAAAUUUGGCUUGCUAUCAAAUCCAUGGGGCCAAAUCGUGCACAAGGAAGGGAUGGCGUGACAGCUUCGUUCCUUAAGGCCUUCUGGGACAUUGUGGGCGAGCAAGUUAUGCUGGCGUGCUUCGAAUUCUUCUCGUAUGGGCAUAUGGAGCCGACUUGGAAGGAGACGGUUGUUGUCCUAUUGCCGAAAGUUUACAAACUGAACCAUCCUUCCAAAUUCAGACCUAUCAGCUUAUGCCAAACUAUCUAUAAGAUUAUUGCGAAGAUACUUGUUUCCCGAAUCAAAGGCAUUUUACCCAACCUUAUCUCUGAGGAGCAAGCAGCAUUUGUGCAUGGUCGAUCGAUCUCCGAUCAUUGUCUUCUGGGGCAAGAGAUUGUAAACAAAUUCAAGGUGUCCAAAUUGUCCAGGGGUUGGAUGACUUUGAAGGUGGAUAUGGAGCAGGCCUAUGAUAAGAUGAAUUGGAAAACUCUGGAACUGCUGUGGGUUCCGGCAGGGGUGCCCGCUCUCGCCGUACCUAUUUAUUCUUUGCUCGGAGCUACUCUCGCUGCAUUUUCACCAAAACUACCGGGAGCUGGGGGUGUGAACGCUGCCAAUGUCAGAAAAUUUAUAACCAUUCUGGAGAACUAUUGUGGCUGGAAGGGGCAGCGAAUCAACAAGAACAAAUCGGCGAUCCUGUUUAGUCAUCUCGUGCUUUCGUCGACUAAGAACCGAUUGGCCAGGCUUGCUGGGUGCCGCAAGGUGGAGGAAAUGGACUACCUUGGUGUCAAGUUUGCAAUGCGGAGGCUUACGAAGGCUGACUUCAGCUCUCUACUACUUAAAGUGCAUGCACUCACGAUCUCCUGGGGGACUCGUCACUUAUCCCUGGCUGGCAGAAUUACCAUGAUCAAUUCGGUGUUACUCCCUCUCUCGGUUUAUGCAAUAACACACACAUUGGUACCUCGGGGAGUUCUUGCUGAGGUGGAAAGGAUUUGUCGCCGAUUCCUGUGGGAUAAAGAUAUGACCCAUAAGAGCCUGCACUAUGCUGCGUGGGGAGAUAUCACCAAACCAAGGCGGCUGGGAGGCCUUGGUUUCCAUGCUAGUCACAACUGGAUUGGACCGUUGCGAGCCAGAAUUGCGUGGGAUUUCCUACAUAAGCCCCAAAACUUAUUUCAAAGAUGCAUGAGACAUACUUAUGGUGCAUGGCCAUGGCAGCAAGAUCGGAAACGGGGUGAUUCUUGCGGGUGGAGAAUCAUUUGCGAUGGGGCGAACAGCUUGAGUAACAAUGUUUGCUGGAAGGCUGCUCGGUCAACGAGUUUAUCACUUCGGAUAAUUGUUGAAAUCGACAUAAGCUGCUGCUUUGUUUUGGAGAAACACUUGUUGACAGGAUUUGUGAUGUCAAGCUUUGGACGGAACUUGAUGCAGACUCGCUGGAACUCAGUAAAUGUCCACUUGGCACCUCUAUCUCAGCUAUCUGCUAUGAUUCUUUAUUCCAAGGUGAAGAGAACCAGUACCCAAGUGGAGAUUAUGGCUGUGCAUUAUAUUGACAAACUCCUCCUCGAAUGGAUGUAUGAUGUCGAGGGGGUUAUUGUCGAGGGUGACAAUGCAAGUGUGAUGGAGUUCAUGCACCGUUGCAAGCAGGAGGAGUUGUGGAAGCUCCGUUCGGAUGAAGGACACAAGCUAAACUAG